AGUGGCGGAGAGGAGGUGGCAUGGGGGCCGGAAGAGUUUGCAUGAGCUAGUGCUAGAGAGGUGGAGGAGGCCGUAGGGGCGCACACGCAGGUGCUCAAGGGGAAUGCCGUACGUGCUAGCCGCAUGAGAUGCUGUACGCGUUGAAGCAUGAGGAGGUCACUGCUGGUUGGUCACAGGCUGCCUGCCUGCCUGCCUGCCUGCCUGCCUGCCUGCCUGCCGGGUCACUCGCUCUCCCUGCCGCUACUGCCGCUGUUGCUGCCACAGGUGCGCAGUAUGGCGUAUCUGGGGGAGGCGGCGUCCGUAACGUACGGCAUGAUAGGUCCCGGCAGCCACUACUGCGACCGCAUCGGUCGGCGCCACCGCUCCAACCGCAUCUACUUCCUGCUCGACUUCCUGCGCGGCCGGUGCUGCCAAAAGUGCUACGACCCGGACUGUGCAGGCUGGCGCUCCGACUUCCAGGACCUGCCUCCAGAGCUCUGGCAGCGGUGGCGGCGGCAGUGGCCCAGCCCUCUGACCCGGCAGCAGCAACAGCAGCAGCAGCAGGAAGGGCAGCCGGGGCAGCCGGAGCAGGCUCAAGGGCAGGUGCAAGAACUGGGGCAGGCGGAGGUGGAGGGGGCAGGAGGAGGAGGAGAAGGAGGCGACGCGGGUGGUGGCGGCACAGGUGGUGGCAGCGAGGAGGGCCGCGUUGGAGGAUCCGGCAGCAGCAGUAGCAGCCAGGGGGGUGUUGAGGGAGGUGGUGACAGUGGUGGUGCCGGUGGCAGCG